AUCCUACCUAUUGAAUAAUUGUUUGUAAAAUCCCUUCAAAACACAGUUCGCAAUGGUCAGACCGGGAAAAGUAUCAUUUUUCCUCACCGAAGCAGGCCGUCAAGUUGUUUUCUACGGUGCCACAACCGCGGCAUUAGGUUUGUUUGCAGGCCACUACUUUCCGCACUCGAUAUGCAUAUCAUACUACAGAGAGUUCGUGCAGGCGUACAAAGAUGGUGAGGAGCGAAAGCUAUCGGAAAAGCUACAGCAACGUUACAAACGUGCAUUGGAUUUGCUUGACCUGUCCGAGUUUGAGAAAAAGUUUGCCAAACCAUUCGUCGUGUACGGUUUCGAUGUGUUCAACGCCGGUUCCUUCAAGACACGGUACGGCGCGUAUGUCGGUAUCCCAAGCAACUUCGAGUAUGACAGUGCGGCGGAUAUGGACCGACAGGAUAUCAAGAUCCGCAACAAACCGAUCGACUGGAACACAGAGCCGGGUAAACUGCUCGAGGACGCGCUCGUGUUGAGUGAAGAUGAGCAGGUUUUCGGUAUUGCACGCGAGCUACUUACCAUGAAAACGCACAAAUCACUGAUACAAUCCAUCAUCCCGACGGUCUCGUGGAUGUUCACAUAUAGUUUGGCUUCCCAGCUGAACGAGCGCUGCAAUUUCUACGCUCGACCACGUGCCCUGCGCUUCAUGCUGUACACGAUCUGCGGUCUGUUCGGUUUUGGCAUUUACUCUUUUUCCACCGAUAUGACCGAAAUUUACUACGAAACCGACGUCGACAAGCAGAUGGCCAAGCUGGGGCCAGAUGUGAUCGAUGCAGGCGCUCGGUUUUACGAUAAAAUACUGAAGAAAAAUGUCGCCAUCCGGAAGCUGACUGGUGAAGAUUACUACACCGCCAAAGGCAACGUGAACUACCUGAUCCGCCAGAAGGCCGCCCCGCUAACGUUGCGGAAGGAGUUUUUCCAAACGGGUUAUAAGGACUUCAUCGGAACGGAAAACAGCAGUUGAGUAGAAUAAAACAAAUUAAACGUUGUUCGUUGUAUUUAGCUUGGAAUAAAGUUGAUAGUGCUCAAGAAGCGU